AUGCCUCGUUCUAUCGGCCGCUCGCAAAUGAUCGCUUCUGAACUACCUACAGAGCUGCGCGAGAUUAUAUACAGCUAUCUACUACAAACUGACGAAAACCCCAUCUUCCCUUUCCGACUAUAUGUCCUUUCCAUGGUAAGUAAUGCAACCCGACGCGACGCUUGGUUCUACUUCCUACGGACACAUGCCUCACGCCUGGGCCACCACGAAGCUCGUCGACAUUACAUCUACAUGCUGGGAUUCUUAGGAGAGCAAGGAUUCGCUGCAGCGCGGCGCCUCAUAUUUUCGCAGUUCUCCGCCCAAGUCCCGCGUAUGGUGGAGGAGAGAAAUCCCAACAUCGACCUCAUAUUGCGAUGCACGGGUCUGCGCAAGGUGUGGCUACAGUGGAGCACGAGACAGUUGCUUGGUGAAUGGAGGGCGCGAAGGUUCAUCGAUCUUGACCAGCCGCCUCCGAGGGUUGAUUGCGAAUUCUAUACGCUUGAGGAGGUGAUUCAAAGACUUCGUCUACAGUAUCUGCUAGAGUCGAAGUCGCUGGAGGUCAUUGUGCUGGCUUUGACACCAGCAACAUGUGUGCUUCGGCCGGGAGUGGAAAAGACUAUUCAGGACGCAACUGUGUUAUUGCAAGAAUUGAAGGUCUGGAUUUGUGAAGGGUUCCGUUCUCGGGGAAGGAUUGUAGAAGUUACAGAACCGUUGUUGGCAACGUGGACAGCACCGCAUCCUGCGUGGGAGCAAGGGUGA